UGUUCCUCGGGCCUCGAGCGCUCCCGGCUUCACUGUGAACUCAAGACGGGACCAGAGCGGCUCGGAAAACACCAGAAGGAAUCUAGAAGACUGAGGACUCGGUUUUCUGAGAGGAAAUGCAUAUUCUUGGGACUACUUUCUUUUUUAUUACACUCCUGAAAGCCUGUCUAGGCGUCUACCUCCAGUGGCCGGAGGCCGAGGUGUACAUCGGAGAGAGCGUGAUCUUGUCCUGCAACGGUUCGGGGUUCUCUGGGGGAGAGCUGUAUGUUCGCUGGGAGGCGACGGGCAAAGACGUGAUCACCCUGCGAGGGGACGCCGUCUCGGUCGGGAGAGGCUUCGAAGGUCGCGUGAACUUCCUCAGAGAUCCGGCGGAGUCGGGGGACUUUUCCCUCGUUCUGUCAGACGUGAUGCUCAACGAUGGAGAAGUAUACGAAUGUCUCUGGGAGGGAAUAAAACCCAUUUGCUUCGUGGAACUAUACGUGUUGACACCAGCGUUUUUUAACCACAACGUUGCCGUCUUCGAGGGCGACACCAUCACUUUGGACUGCUUCGGAAACAUCCCUAAAAACAAACCCUGGGAAGACAUUUAUGUGCAGUGGCUGAAGGACGGCAGAGAGAUCCUGCGCUUCGGUUCGGGGGAGACGAGCGCCGCGGAGCACAGAGUCCUGAGGUUACCGGACAAACACGAGCUCGGCCGCGGCGUCUUCUCUCUGAGCGUCCCUUCGGUCCGUGCUUCAGACUCCGGCGUCUAUGAGUGCCGCUACAAGAGAACCCACUAUGAAGAGCUGCAGAACGGGUUCCCAGAGAAACUCACGCUCAUGGUUUGGGCUGUAUCUUCUGUCUCAGUGUCUCUCUCUCAGUCUCAGGAGAGUAGUAGUGUACUGGUUUGGACUCAGACUGAAAGCAGCGGGUCUCUGCCAACACUGACAUACACUGAGAGAGACGGAGCGACGACAGAGACCUCAGUAACUAAGACAGCCACUCACUCUGUGACGACAGACCCGUCAGUCACAGACACAGAGUUUUCUCUUCUAGUGAAAGAUACUGAUUCUGUGACCACAGAUAUAUCCGUUCCAGCAGACACUGCUUCAGUGAUGACCGACCCGUCAGUCCCAGACACAGGCACCGGUUCUGGUCAGCGGGAUCCUCUGGAGCUCCGGUCGGACGAGGUUCCCUGGAUCCGCGUCGCUCUCAUCAGCGGCGUGCUGCUCGUCACGGCCGUCGUUCUGGCUUUAUUACUGGUGUUUGAAAGAAUCUGAGUCGAUGGGAGAGAGUACACUACUGAAAGGAUGCAAGUUCCACACAUUUCCAGGCAAACGGCUCGUUUUGUUCCUGAAACAGACCGAAAUGGGGACGGUUUGUAAUGCGCUUUAUAUCAACCUCCUGAACAUGGUGCUAUCUAUAGCCGUAAACGGUGCGUUUGUGCAUUUAUGUUCUUUAAGAUGCAUGAGACGACUUAAUGUUAUGUGACAUUAUGAUUAGAAGAACAAAUGUGACAAUGGACUCAAAAAUGGUUUCCGUUCUCCAUUGACGUAUUUGCUUCAAGCGUAAACCCAAUUUAAUGUCAUUUUACAUCUCAAGUAAAAUUUAAGAACGAUUAGAUGUUUAUAAAUGUUAAAACAAAAUACCAAUUUUUUUUUUUUGCACCACAUGCAACAUUAAUGCCACUGCUUCUCAAAUUUAAAGCUUUAAGGAUGAAUUAAUAACCCUGAUUAUAAACUACAUUUUUACUAAACUUGGCUAAAAUAGAAAAUUAGGAACAUGCUUUUUUUGCAGUUUAU